AGAGGGAGCACCGUACUCUGCAAAGAUGGGGAAUCCACAUACAUUAACCCUUACUCUGACACUGGCUCUGUGCCUGGGAGCAGACGCUGUCAAUCCUGGGUUUGUGGUCCGACUCACACAGAAAGGACUGGACUAUGGUAUGUUCCGAUUCCUUUUUCUACAGCAGGUUUAUUACAGUUUAUUAUUUUUUGGCAGACACAAUCCAUUUAACUACCUGCUGUAAUGCUCCAGGGCUCUCAUUAUUACAAAUACAAACCUGCAGAGUUAAUUGACCUUAAGUGUCCAGAAUUAAAGGAUAGGUCCAUUAAUUGAUGUGUACAUCAGGGAUGUCUGAAUUCUUUCAGUGCUCCUUCCUACCUGUUCAGUUGGUGAAUAGCAGCAUAGAUUACCCACCUCACUGAGCAUCACGGAACAUUUAGUUCCAAAAUAGAUCUGGGAGGUCCAGUUUAGACAUUAUUGUAUACAGACAAUGAUUCUAUCCACCCAAGGAACUAGCUACACGUUAGAAGUAAUAUAGGCAGUUAACAGCUAGAGUUCUCAAACUUAGCCAACACUGCUAUUAUUGGAUUCUAUUCAAUCUAUACAAUUGGAAGCCUAAUACUGCAAUAAGCAUUUUAGCAGAAUUUGGAGGGUUUGUACUUAAAGGAGAAUUCACAGUGAAUUCAAAGUGAACUUCAAAUUUAAAGCCAGAGUAGCGGAACACAUCGUUGACUAUAUUGACCUUAAAUUUAAAAUUCUCACAAUAGUGAAUAACCCUGAUAAUUAAUGCAAAUUUAUUCACUGCUUGGUACAUCUCCCCUAACAUAUUGGGCACUUGUGUGAGUAUUGCAGGGUGUGUCUAGUCUAGGGAGAGGUUUAUGAGAAAAUUGAGAGGACAAAAUGCACUGGUAAACACGAACUGUUUCAAAAUGUUUAUUUCAAAUAAUGAGCUCAUGCAAAGAACUUUUAUUUCCGCCAUGCACAUAUUAAAUAUUUAUUCACUUAACUAGGAAAUGAGGAGAACAAAUGAAGGACAGACACAUUAUAGGCUAAAAUAGCAGAAGUGGAAAAAAAAAUUGUAGCAUGCACGAGAGUUCAGCUUCUUAAUGAGAAGAUAGCGGCGCCCUUUCCAUGCCCUCUAGCCACCGGACCUCUAAAAGCGAUGACACCGUCAGGGGUCUUUGCAAACUCUGCAAAAUCCCAGGACGGUGACAGUACAGCUUUAAGUGCCCUCUUAGUUUAUUAAAAUGUUACCUUACUAGUAUUGGACCUGUUUUUAUGUUAUAUGAGAUCUUUAACUUUAUUUUAAUACUGUGCAUUUAGGCUUUACACAUCACUAGUAACCCUUAUUAAUUCAUGACAAAUAAUCUUAUCAAUUUUGAUUUUAUUGAGCUGCUGGAUUAAACAAAAUAAUUAUUCAGGACUUGGGUAAUCCUUUUUUUAUGAAUGACAAAGCCUAAAGCGUUAUUGCUUAUGUAUUGGAAUAUAUUUAAACUCCCGUACUGGCUACACCAUGUAAGAUGAGUUCUUUUUCUUUUUAUAUUGUACAAAGUUUUUUUUAUUUUUUUUUAUUUCUGCUCAACAUUCUUUCAAAUUGGAAUGUUAAUAAAUGGAAACAGCUUGUCAAUUCUAGACAAUUCCCAUUGUAGUAAAUAAAGUGUUUGAGAUCUGUAGUUGUGGACGUAGAUCAUAGCAGAAAAAAAGCCCCGAAAAUAUCACUGGCAAAUGCCACUGAGACUGAAUGUGUUAAAAGCCAGGUGUGAACGGCAGACAAUAUUUCCUAACGAUGAAAUGUUUUGGGCUUACCAAGCAGUUAUUGCUACCAUACCAUGGAUACAAAGUAGCACAUGUCUUAAUUUCUAAAUGUUCCUUUUCCUGGAGGUGUGUUUAUAAACUUUUUUCGAACAUCUACUCAUCAUGUCCGUUAAUGAUAUCAUCUAUAUACCAUCAACGGGAGCGGUGAUAUUCUUUUCUUAAGUCCUUUUUUCAAGGAGUGACUAUAUCAGUCUUUGAAAGUAACUUUCUUCAAGAAUCUCAGCUCUUGAGGAUCGAUAUGGGUGAUUAAAUUGGGAGGGAAGACUUGCCUCGGUGGAAUAUAUUUGCUUGACAGCUGACCUUAUGAUCUUCUUGUGAACAAGCCAUCACUGCUAAUACUGCUAACUGGAGACAGGAUUGUCAGUCUGCAGACUUACAAUGACCUUCUGCAGUCAAUAUCAAGCUGACAUUUUGGAGAGGAUUCUGCCAAACCUCUCACUUUCAUCACUAGAACAGUAAAAUGAAUACAUAAGAGAAAUAUUGAGUAUCGUAUGUAAUAGACAAAACUUGGAGAAUAGUCUGGUGUUUUCUACUAGUAUAUAUUUUUGAUACAGCAAAAUGUAGCUGAUUUUAAAAUUUUUCACAAUUUAGCAUUUUUGGUCUCAGUUUUGAAACCAACUUUAAAUUGACCAAUUACCAAUAACCAAUAACCAAGGCUUCACUAAAUAACCUUACCAGAAAUUUAUUUAUUUAAGAAAUUCAACCACUGUUACUUGGCUCAGUUCAUUUUAAUUCAGCUGAUAAAAUGAACCGUAUUCUAUAAUGACCAGGUUAAAACUGCAUUGAGUCAAAUGGAUCCCUGUGCUUUACAACUGGAUUUCACGGCAGCCUUGAUAUUGAAUGACUGAAUGGCAGCUGAUUGCUAAUCAAACAGAGGGUCGGGGUAUCAUUAUAUUGCUAUAGAGUAAUGUGGGGUUUGGAGAAGCAUUAGGGUGAGAUAGCUCAGUGGGCUAAUGCAUCAUCAGUAGAAUCUAUUCAAUCCUGGCAGGGUUGACUCAGCCCUUUAUCCUUCUGAGGUAGAUAGAAUAGGUACCAUUAAAUUGGGUAAUAGUAACAUCUCCUGGAUGUUGGGCUAAGGUAACGUUGGAUGUACUUGAAAGCCAAAGUAAUAUGAAUGUACCUAUCCUGGUUAAAUACUGUUGUUGUUGUUGUUGUUAUUAUUAUUUAGAGUUACUGACCCAAUUUUACUGCUCUGUACAAGGGGAAUUGGAUUAAAUUAUCUAACUGUAUUCAGUUGCCUAUUGUGUUGCAAUUCAGCUGUUUGUGAAUACCUAUAAUAGCAAAUAUAUUUAGUGAUUCAUCUGAUUUCAACAGAAUGGAAGCCAAAUGGUAGUGCCAAUAAGGCUGCUCUAACCCAAUUUACCUUUUGUGAAUAGCUGAAUGGGUUUCAAGUUGCAAAAUGCCAAUCUUCUUCCAUACGGCACUUAGUCGCUUUGGAGCCCGAGAAACAAAUCUGAGAUCUAAUCAUUUUCUUUUAUCGCUCAUCCUUUGCCUUCAAGACCAAACGCAACCCUUUCAGGAAUUUGAAGUAAUUGAGGCAAUUAAGUUGCUUCCAAAUACUAUAAAGCUCUUUCCGAGACAUGAGCCUCACAAGUGAUGACAAUCUUAAAUAACUGUGCAUUGUAACAAUUGCUAAAUCGGGAGAGGGAAAAAAAACCUUUUUGGGCUACAUUUUUUUUAGCUGAACUGCGAUUUUUGAAAUUUACAAAAACAUUUUUGAAGCGACUUAAAGUGUGCCCGAAGAGUCAAGUUGUGUCAAAACUCAAAAUAUGUCAGAAUCAAGUUGUUCAUGUGUUUUGAUACACUUUAUGAGCAUCUCUCAUGUCAUUCUGGUGCCAUUGGUGACUGAAAUCUGCACCUAGUCACUCACAUAUGUUCUGGCACACAGGGAUGAACCUAUAGACUUUCAUUUUUGGGUAUUUAAGCCCAUUCUGCAUCCAGCUAGGUGCCCUCUUGUGGUUCCAGCUGAUCCAAUAGUGCAUUCUUGUGCAGUUCUGAUUCGUGGUUUUGACAUUCGUUUACUUGUUUAUUCAAAACUCUGUGCUCCCAGCCUUUGGCUUGUCUGUUUCAUUUACCCUGUUUUCUCCUACCCUUGACUCUUUGACUAUCCCUACCAGUAAGUCUGGCAACUCUAAGGACCAUUAAUAUGGACUAUCCUUGGUCUCUGUUUUUAGUGGGUUUGGAUUUGCGUGUUAGGGACCUUAUCUUCCAUAAUGUACUGAAAAAGUAAUUAUACUGUGACUACUAGCCCUUUUCACCCACCUUUUACCCUUCCCGCUUCUCUUUUUGUAUUUUUCAUUACCCUCCCCACUUUUAAAAAAGUGACAUAAAAUUUACUACCAAAAAAACGAAAAAAAACACGAUACUUGGAAUUCCCUUCAUCUUUUCCCAGUGGCAGAGAUGUGAGAGCUCAAUUUUUCGCUCUUUGGAACAGAAAAGAGUUAAAAGAAAAUUCAGAGAAUUAGUCAAAGGAUGACUGUUAAAAUGUUUUAGGCCCAAGCAUGGGAUCUCUUGGUAAUAUCCAAAGUGACCUGUAUUUAUUUGCCUACGGGAAGCAUGAGUACACAAGGAAUGUUUACAUGCCUAUCAAAAUGUUACAGUCCUAGGACAUGGAAAUUGAAGGUAGCAUGCUGCCAAAGGCUUUGAAUUCACCAUUCAUUUUGUAUACCAAUCUGUUUGUUUGGCCUUCAGCCCAGUCGUGCAUUUAUGUCUGCUUGGGUGCCUAGUGUGUGUAUUCCAAGCAUGACGCAUUAACGAGGCCCCGUUAUGGCUAAUAAGCAGUAAACUGAGACACUGACACAUUAGUUUUCCUAGCAGGUUUCUUCCUAAUCACUUUGGUCAAUGGUUUGACACCCUGGCGUUUUUUUCACGCUGCCCGGACUGCCUGUACAGACAGACCAACCCUUUCACCUCCCUGCAAACUGCAUGUGGAUGAUGUGUACGGUAUUUAUAGAAUGGGAAAAAAUGGAGAGUUAGUAAAUUAACUGACCUUUUACAUUGGGAGACUUUGUUAAAAGGAUUGAGAAAAAUGUGCCAAAAUAAUGCAUGGGUGGGCCACUCUUCUUUCUUUGUUCCUACACAAUUUAUGCCCUUUUUUCAGGAUAACAAGAGUGAAACAGCAGUAAAAAAAAAAAAAAAGCAGCAUAGCCAGUCCGAUAUAAUAGAUAUGCCUGGGCGCAAGUGAGCUUGUAAGUGUAGCAUUCCAAACUAAUGAUGGGAGAGAGAUUGCUUCCACUGAACAGAAAAAAAGUUGAAAAACAUAUUUUGUUAGCUCCAGUAAACAGAGACCUCAAAAGUGGCACUUUUUAAUAAUUUUUGGCACUUUUUAAUUGUGCAUGUGUCUGCACAUCCACAAUGAUCAUUUUAACAUUUGAGAACAUGACAAGUUUUGGGGGGGAAAAAACACACAUUUUGGCACAAAAUGUACAAGUUGUAUUGCCCUCCCUUGCUCCUACAACAUUUUCCAACAAGGGGCAAAAUGAAACAAGAUAUUUCUAUACUACACACACAGUCUCACGGCAGUUGAAUACUUGUCCCAAAACAUUCUGUAAUCUUUUGUUUGGGUUACCAACCAUGCAAAGACCCUUACUACUCUGGGUGCAGGACAUAAAUGGCACUUGCUGCAAAUUGGAACAAUCCCCCAGUAAACAGAUAAUUGACAAUAUGGGGAUUUAUGGAAUAGAUUGAAUAGGCAGGUGCUUUGUUAUACUUGAGUUGGUAAAAAGCAAGGUCAAUCCAAAGGAGAUAGAUCCACCCUAAAGAACGAGAACAUAGAUUUGACUAGCUGAACGAGAGUCGCGUGGAGUGCUUGCCCACGGGUGUGCUGGAAUAUCUGAAACAGACCUGGAAGUUUCUAGUUAGGCCUAGGGUACAUCAAGAAUAUUUUGACACAAUGUCCAUUGUUAGGUCUAUUGUUUUCACUGGUGAUUCUGGGAUUUGUUAAAUAUGGACUUUGUGAAGAAAUCAUACCCAUCAGGCAUGUCUGGUUCUUCCAAUACAACAUUUAUAGCUGGCAACUGGUUUUUGGCAGAUGUGCUAUUGGGUUUCUGACAUUCUGUUAUUAAAGUUCCAAUGUCCUCUUGUUUCCCAUUAAUUAUGUUCCAUUAUUCUUCUUGGGUUGGGGAACAAUCAGAAAUGGGUUGGCUUGAUGAAAUGAUACUAUGAUAACCCAUAGGAGUAUUCAAAGACAUGACAUCAGGAACAUAGACAAGGAAGAUUUGGUUAUUUAAUGUACAUGACUGGCAUCACCAAAUUUGAAGGACUGAGCCAAAUAUAAUCCCAGCCAAGAAUACAACCCUGACAUCCAGUCCCAGGCAUGUAGAUAUGGUUAUUACUUGCACCUGUCAAUUUUUUUCUUUUGACUAUUUACAUGAAUCCACUGAAGGAAGCUAUUUCUUCUAACUGCUGGGAGAACAGACCUUCUAGUAUGGAUGGGACUCGCAAUGGUGAAUAUUUGCACCAAUGGAAGAGGUUUUGAACCCAAAACAUUUGUCUCUCAUGACAUUGUGAAGUCAAAUGAUCACCUGCACCAGGUGUUUUGUUUUCUUUGAAUUUAUGUAAAAAAAAUAAAACGCUACACAGGUUGCGAUGAUAGGGAACUCUGUAUAAAAGAACUGUACAAGUAAUCUGCCUCUCUAAUCACAUGGAUUGAAUAAUAUGCUGUCUCUCAAGUACUCAGGUUACGGAAUGUUGCUGAUAGAGUUAAUUGCUAGGAGUAGCUGAAAGUUACCCAGUUGUAUUGGUCAACAUCGUAGUAUAUGAGGGUAGUUGGGAUAAUGUUGUAACCUUAUUAGCAAAAAUGUACACAGGAAAUAAAGAAGCAAUGACCUUUGGUCAGUAAUGAGAGCCUGACAGCACGUGUGGUGGGUUAGCUCAGUGUCUAUAGCCCAUGAUUGUUGUACAAAGUUGAAAAAUCAAUGGGGAAGCUAUUACUUGCAUUAACUAAUCCACAGUCAAGGAGGGGAGACAUUAUUUAUCAAACUGUUUAAAAAACAUUUGAUACUACCCAAAACAGGUGAUCAGCCAAAGUUUCCUUGCACCAUAACCACUACAAUGCGCUAUAGUGGUUAUGGAGCAUAACUAUGUAAUGUAACAGAGCAGCAAGUAGGUAGAUUGAAUUUGUUCCUAUAGUAGCUAUUUUUACAAUGGUUAAUUACCAAAAUAUACCCACAUUUGUCAAAAAAAAAAAAAAGAAUGUCAGACACUAAUUAUGAACAGACUUCACACCUGCUGACAAGAAAAAAAGAGUAUAAAAGGGACACUCGUAAAAUAUGGAACAGAAAAAAGUUACUCAAAAUAUUUUACAAGUCGGAGGAGAACCUACCCACAGGGUGCACAGGAACUCAGUUCCACCUUCGAACAAUAAAAAAAUGUUCCAGUAUGUCUUUUUCAACACGUCUUGUAAAAAGCAGCAAUGUUUUGACCACAACCGCGGUCUUUGUCAGCCUUCAAGAAAAAAUGUUGCUGUCCAUGCUAUACGGUUUUAGAAGACAAACUCUUUUAGAGAAAGAACAAAGGUUCACACAGAGAUCAUCAGUUUCUCUUCCUCUAUUUAAAAACACUUGGUUUUAGUGAAUGUGACAGAGUAGCUUUAAACAGCAUAAAGAAUCCAGUGCACUUCCUCACUCACUAAACACUAGUAUCAAAGCUCACAGAAUGUAAAAAUGUAAAAAUAAAACACCUGACUUAGUCAAAUUUAAUGGGGAUUUAGUUACUGUAUACGAUCAUACAUUGCAUAAGCCUGUACACUUCCUCCUGGGACUCUCUGCAGGUCAAGGUUAAAUAGGACCCUGGCAUGAGGCACCCGUGACAGGGAGGGUUGCAAAACUAAGUCAGUUCGUCUGGACUUCCUAAUAUAUGUAUGAAACCAUGAAUGCUGCACUCUACAUUCUACCCUUUAAAAUGACAUGACAAAUGUGUGUUAUCUAAUGUUGUUACUGAGCACAGAAUUUACACUCCCAUUCUCUUAGUGAUAGCAUGACAAUAGGUAGGGUCAUGCAAGAAUUUCACUCCGCACACUCAUGCAGACUGACACACACACACACACUGAGUCAAGCAGACACACACUGACCCAAGCAGACUAACUCACACACACUGCCGCAAGCAAACUGACAUCCAUGCAGACACACAUGCGGUCUGAGGUGAAUGCCGGGCGCUGGUCAGCAUUUAAGUGCUCCCUAGUGUCUGAUAACGUGACCUGCGGCAUGCUCUAAAUAAAUAGUCCAACUUUAUAGAGGGGAGGCCUGAGAAAGCAGUAAAGCCGCUGCCUGCUGGCGACCCCUUUAAGAAGAGCCCUACUUAUCCUACAGGAAGAGCCGGCCCUGACAAUAGGUAUAAGCAACUCUAGAAUAGGGGUAUGCAACACUACGUGUUGUGGACUACACCCCAACCCCCACUCCAAUAAGUUGCUGUCAUUAUGGUAGAUGUAGCCCACCACAUCUGGGGUGCCAAAGGUUACCUGCCCCUGCUCUAGAAUAAUGGUUCUCAAAAAUGGCACAACAGGAAAACAAUUCCAGUAUCUACAAAUGUGUCCAUGGACAAAUGGUUACUAAAUAUUACUAUUGUACUGUAGCUACAGUUUAUUGAAGUAGUGGCCAUUUAAUAUCAGAUUGGUCCCUAUUGCUAUACAUUAGAACCACUUGUAAGCAGGCAUAUUCACUGAACUGGGAGUUCUGUAGAAUCUACCAGGGCAUUGUACAUUUUUAGCCAAACCCCUAAAUCAGUGAUGGCGAACCUUUUUGAGCCCGAGGGCCCAAACCGCAAUACAUGCCAACUUUUUGUUCCUCAAAGUGCCAGCACGGCAAUUAAAACUGAAUACUGAGGUUUAAGUAUAGAAAAAACAACAGAGUUCAAUGAUACAAAUUUGAAAUAAUGAUAUAAAUAGAUAAAAUUAAGCAUUGAGGGGUGCAGUGUAUGUGUUUGUGUGUGGGGUGUGCUGUGUGUGUGUGAGGUGCUGUGUUUCUGAGGGUUGCGGUGUGUCUGAGGGGUGCUGUGUGUGGGGGGGUGCUGUGUGUGGGGGGUGCUGUGUGUGUGUGGGGUGCUGUGUGUGCUGGAGGUAGGGUUGCUGUGCUGUGUGGGGGGUAGGGUGCUGUGUGUGUGUUGGGGUAGGGGGUGCUGUGUGUGUGUGUGGGGUAGGGGUAGCUGUGUGUGGGGAGGAGUGCUGUGUGGCAGUAAUGGGUGCCAGUGCAGCCAUAGGGGUGCUGUGUGUGGAGGGGGGUAGUGCUGUGUGUGAGGGGGGGUAGGGGUUACCGCGUGUGGGUGCUGUGUGUGAGGGUAGGGGUGCUGGGGUGGGGGUAGGAGUUCUGUGUGUGUGGAGGGUAGGGAUGCUGUGUGUGGGGGGUGGGGGUGCUGGGUGUGGGGAGGAGUGCUGUGUGGAGGGUAGGGGUACUGUGUGUGUGUGGGGGGGUAAGGGUGUUGUGUAGAGAAAGGGGGUGAAGGGGUGGUAAAAAAAAUAAAAAAUAAGUAUGGUAAAUCUGUAUCCCCCCCUCCCUCCUUCUUACCUUUAAUGAAGGAGGGGGGGACACAGCCAUCCCUGGUGGUCCGGUGGUGGCAAGUACUGUAGGGAGCAGCUCCCGCGCAAUGCUGUCCUCCCACACGAUGCUGUGUGGAGUGUUGCCAUGGUAACGCGCGACAAAAUUCCACACAGAUUACUUGCGGGAAGACAGGGGAGCUGCUUCACAGAUCCCUCCCCCUACCUCCCGACAUGGAAGCAGAGUAGGCGCCUGCCGUUUUGGGCAGGCAGGUGCCUACUCUGCAUUGAUGGCGAAGCUAUGGCCUAUAUUAUCAGCAGAAACUUCAAUGGCCUUCUUGUAUAUACUGACUCCCCUGGAAGCAUUAACAGGCAGACUAUGUAAAAUGUAUAUGUGUGGAUUCAACCAGAUAGCAGGGUUAAAGGGACACUCCUAAAACCUAAAUCACUUUAUCUUGCUGAAGUGCUCUAUGUGUGAAGAAUGUAUCCUCUUUUUAAAUUUCAAAAAGUGUAGAUUUCAAUAGACAUUGACACUUUUAUGAAUUAACCAUGUUACACAGGCUGUCAAUCCUGUCAGAUAAGCGGUCCUGUUACUCCCUGGUUUGGUUAGCUUGGUAGAUCAAAACUCAAGAGGCAGCAACAGGUGCGGACUGAGCAGUCGGGCACUUUGGACAUGGACCGAAGGCCUGAAGCAGGCAGAGGUCUGGAAGCAGCUGGGCAGUAUUGGGUCCAUUAUGGAGAUCAGUAAAUCUCCAUAUCUAGUCCAUAAUAGCAGCUGAGUGCCAGUUACAGGCAUCCCAGACUGAACACACAGUCUCUCACACUGGUUGCCCGACAUCAGAGAUCCGUCCACUCCACACACAGCUCCUCCAGGGAUGGUCAGCAAUGUGUGCAGGGAGAAUGGAGGACAGUCAGCAGCACCCAGCCUGCAUACACAAGGUAAAGGCAAGGACAGAGGGACACGGGGAGAAAGACAUAAAUGGGGAGAAACAUAAGAGAGAAAAGUGGCUUUGGAAGGGAAACAUCAGUAGAGGCUGGGAAAAAGAGACAGAGAGAAAAACCCACAUAAGUUAGUUACUAAAGAGAGAGAGUGAGAUUUAGUAAAAAAAAAAAGAGAUACAGUAGGUUACUAGAGAAAGAGAGAGACGUCAGUUACUAAAGAGAGAGACGUCAGUUACUAAAGAGAGACAGUGAGUUACUGGAAUGGAAGAAAGUGAGAGCUACUAAAGAGAGAGAAAGUCAGAGUUACUAAAGAUAGAGAUAAGUGGGUCUGGUAAUCAGAGAGAUGAAAGCAGGUAGGUGAAUUAUUGCAAUAGGGAGAUUUGAAGUGACAAAAAAAAAAAAAAAAAAGAGAAACCUCAUACAGUGAUGUCCAUUAAAGGCAUACUCUAAGCACAGCACUUUGUAAUUGCUGUGGAUCUUAGAUUAGCUCCCCCUGAAUUCAAACACACUUUUACCUUAAAAACACACCACUGUAUUAAAGGGAAACUAUAGUGCCAGGAAAAAAAACUUGUUUUCCUGGCACUAUAGCUUACCACUCUAUCAAGGCUCCCCCUCGCAGUGCAGAAAGGGUUAAUGGCCCUUCUGUCACUUACCUGGGUCCAGCGAAUAUGUCCCUAGGCACAGGCUCUGCUAUGCACACGCUCCCCACCGCCGAUGUCUGCUGGCGGGGGGUGGGAACUUGUGCACGGCCAUUGGUCGCGCUCGCAUUAGGAUCUUGCUUUCCUACGGGGAUUCCGGUGAAGCUGGAAGUCCUCAUGCAUAACGUGAGGACAUCCAGCAUUGUUUAGGCAACCAAAAGCCGCCUUCAAGCCUGGAAGUUCCUCUAGGGGCUAUCUGGUAGACAGCCACUAGAGGAGGAGUUAACCCUAGCAGAUAUUUAUUGCAGUUUAUAAAAACUGCAAUAAUUACAUGCUCAGGGUUAAGGGUGGUGGGAGUUUUCACCCAGACCACUUCAAUGAGCUUAAGUGGUCUGGGUGCCUACAGUGUCCCUUUAAGACAUGGAACACACUAUUGUAUUCACACCAGGUAGGUGACAUUCUUUACAAACACACCCCUGCAUUUACACACACUCCUGUUUUCUGACAGUCUACAUUUGCAAAUAUCAGUAUAAUGUAAAAAUAUAUAUUUGCCUUCACACACACCUAGAGAUACAUUCCUAAAUACACAAAUGACACUCCACAAAAAUAUUCCUGUUUUCACAUAUACACAUACAUACACAAAAAACACUGCACACUUGGACUACGAACCUAUAUAUGUACACACUUUGACACUGUAUGUGUUUAUAUGCAGGCGAUAAUUUGAACAAAUACAUUUUUGCAUUCUGUCCUUGCACACAAAUACACUCACCAUUAACAAACACAGACAUUAUGCACCAAUAUGCCGCUACAUCUAUUAAAGCUUAUAAAUAGAGAUGUCGCGAACCAUCCGCGAACUUCUCGCGAACGGUUCGUGGCGAACUCCGGUCAGCUGACACGUCCCGGCCAAUCUACAGCAGACCCUCCCCCCCAGACCCUCCUACUUCCUGGACAGCAUCCAUGUUGAAACAUGGAUGCUGUCCAGGAAGUAGGAGGGUCUGGGAGGGAGGGUUCGCCGCGGUUCGCCACGAGCUGUUCGCGGCGAACUCCGGUAAGCUGACACGUCCCGGCCAAUCUCCAGCAGACCCUCCCUCCCAGACCCGCCUACUUCCUGGACAGCAUCCAUGUUGAAGUGGCGAACCGUGGCGAACCGUUCGCGAGAGGUUUGCAGACGGUUCGCGACAUCUCUACUUAUAAAGCUUUCUACAAAUACACAUGCAUUCAGAAACCUGCUCUACUUAAAAACAGUUUUGCAUUUGCACAUUCUGUAGCGGAUCAUAUUGGGCUGUCUCUAAAUACUCUGGUUAUAAUGUUAUUUUUGUUUCAUUUACUUUCUGUAUACCUGUACUGUAUGAAGCAUUGGUCUGGUUGUUCGGUAAAACCACCCAGUUCGACAUACGAACAAACUACCAAACAACCAGACCACCCCAGAGAGAAGUGUGCCUCUAGUUUACCUCCCUCAUCAGUACUAACCCCAGUCUAAUUGGCAAUUAGACGAAUAUUCUGUGUGUGUUCCCUGGGUGGCCGCUGUUCGGCAUACGAACACGUGGCUGCGGCCAUCUUGCCAUACAAAUGUACAGUGGUGUUUGGUCGUCGAGUGUCUGGAACCCAAAAUCGGACACUCGACUACACGAACACCGCUGAGACCUCCAGACUUUCAUACAUUCGUGCCAAAACAACCGAACGAGCCGCCGUUCGGUAGAAAGAAUCAUACGAACAAGGGGAUUUAUACGAAUGUAAAAACAAUCUGUUCAGCCUGGUAUUUUCACGCAUUUCAACUCAUGAACAGAGACCGACCGCAAGGCCAAAACGUAUGAAACUACUUUAGGCUACUGCUUCGUGUGCGGUCGGUCAGACAAACUCAUCCACUUAACUCACGAACCCCUGGUCCGAUCUGGGUGAUUUUUGAGUAUGUUGCUCACCCAGAUCGGAGCUGUCAGGGGAUAUUUAGAGGUGUAUCAUAUGUAUUUGGGGUACAUCCAGAAAAUGGGGAAACGUGUAUACUGAAUAAGUUUGUCGUCCAGUUAUUGGGAAUUGUGAUGGGAUAUUACUGAAUUAUUCUAUUUACUGUGGAUGUGUUUAUCCAUAUGUUAUCCACUAUGUUUAUCCUGGGUUAACCUCUUGUUCCUGCAUUACUAUUGUAAUACCAGUGGAGAAGUCUAUGGGAAACUAGUACUCCGCUACAUUAUUCAAAUGCUUUUUUGAAUUCAAAUAUAUUGGCAUUAGGUACAUGGAUAAGCACCUACACUCUGUAAGUGCCUGUGCGGGAUUAUUUACCAAAGUGAGAAUUAUCAGGAAUUUAAAGUGAAAUUCAAAUUUAAGGACAAAGUAGCCAAACUGGAAGCAUAGCUGAUCUGGAAUUUUUUUCUAGUUCUGCUAUUUUGGCCUUAAAGGAGCACUAUAGGAUCAGGAACACAAACAAGUAUUCCUGACUCUAUAGUGUUAUAGUGUUAUCAUCCCUCCUCCCCCCCACCCCCUAACCUCUUUUAAAGGUAGUAAAACGUACCUUCUUUCCAGUGCGGCACAAGUCUACCGGUGCUGGCCCCACCACCGAUCUGCCCCCUUGCUGACAUCAGAUUUAAAUUAUUUCGGCCAAUCCAAUGCUUUCCCAUAGGGGCAAAUUCAGCGUCUCCAUGCAGAGGAGUGACCACUGGAGGUGUCCCUAGGGCAUUGUUUACAUGAAAAUGCCUGCAGGUAAUGAUUAUACACAUCAGAAUAACUACAUUUAGCUGUUGUUGUUUUGGCGACUAUAGUGUCUCUUUAAAUUUAAAAUUCACUUUGAAUUCCUGACAGGUCUCACUUUAGUAAAUAACCCUGACAUUCAAACAUGCAUUCAUAGACAUGCCUUCACACUAAACAUACACAAAUAGACACAGACUUUAUUCACUGAACUUGGAAUUGUAGAUAAAUGACAAAUUAAUUUUGUAGGCCAAAAUAGCCAAUGUGAAAAAGUUCUACAAUUCAGGUAGUUAAGGUUCAUCCUUUGCUGCCUACAAAUUUAGUUUCUUGUCUAUUUAUUGUUAAACUAUAGGAUGACUGUUCAAAUCUCAAAAUUCCGUCUAAAAUAGACAAUAUGUGAAUAUAGCAGUCUUGUAAAAUUUAUUCAAAUCACCUUUAUUGCCCUAAAUUUUGCACUUCAAUACAAGUAACUUUUUAUUUAAUAAAAUCUGUUCAAUUGUGUGUGUUUUGGAUGUGACAGGGGCCCAGGGUGAAAUAUGCCCGGGCGCCAAGACUACUGUCAGUCCGCCCCUGGGCAGCAAUUGCCCAGACCACCUGUCUUGCAAAGACUUCUCAAUGGGUUGCAGUGGGAAGUCUGGGAUUGGACAGCAACAGAAAGUCUGGGAGGGGCAUGAACGGGUGGGCUUGCAAAGACAGAAGUUCUGCAGGUUUGUAAGUUGUUUUUAGCUAUACCCCCAAUGAAAAUAUACAGCAAUAAAUAUAUGCAAGUUUUUUAUUUGAAAUAUAGCUACUAAAUUGUAAAAUAUAUAUAUAUACAUAUAUAUAUAUAAUACUUGGGGUGUUACUUUAAGCAGAUAAAAAAAUUGUAGCUGAAAUAGUUGCCAAAGCACCAUGAGAAUCACAUUCUACAACUUUAGUCAUUAACCCCUUAAGGACCAAACCUCCCGGAAUAAACGGGAAUCAUGACAUGUCACACAUGUUGUGUCCUUAAGGGGUUAAUGGUAUGGAUUAGAGAUGGAGAGAAUAUGAAUAGGGAUGUAUCUGUGUUUCUCUAUGUUGUAUCUGGCACUCUCGAGUUACACAAACUUGUUGCCAGAUCAGGAUGUCUCUCUCUUGUUCUCUUCUAGCUCGUCAACAAGGGAUGGUUGUUCUACAACUGCAGCUUGCUAAGAUUCACCUGCCGGAUUUCUCGGGCUCCACCCAUGUCAGUCCCCUGGGGAAGGUGAAGUAUAGUUUCCACAGGUGAGUACGUAUCGCUACCCUGGGUCUGAGAAUACCACCAGCUACACAUUAUCUCAGGCCUAAUGUCAACGUGUCAUUUGAUAAGUGCUCAUAAUAUCAGUAUUAAUGCAUUAUUAUUACUUUCCGUAAUUGAGAUGGUAUUGAAGUAUGAGCUGGCCACUUCUGAAGCACCCCCAGGUGUACAUGAAGCAUAAGUAAGGAAUACAAGCUCCAAUCUACCGUCAGUCUGUGAGCAAAGUAUGUGACUAAAUUUCAGACCACUUCAAUGACUUGUCUGCCCUCUACUGGUUAAUAUUAUCGUGACCGGUUAACACAACUCCAAUAUCUGACCAUAAACGUCAAAGUAUUGUCAUUUUAGGUAUUUACUUAGACAUAAAUGCUGAUCAGAGCUCGGGAAAACACAUACUACCAUUCCAGGGACUGCCGAAAUCUCUUUUUAUGGACCGAUCCUGGGUGAAGAAAGCAGUACAUCCCAAAAGUAGUCCAGAUCAUUUGUGUAAGAGAGUAGACUUUCUUAAAAAAAUAAAUAAAUAGAUUAUUGAAUGUUAGAUGUUUCAUCAACUGCUAUAACGUUACAUGCAGUGUUCAUUUGUCGACCAACAAUUUUAGUCAACUAAAAUGUUGUACAUUUAGUCGACUAAAACUAGACUAAAACUAAAACAAUUCAGAUGACCAAAAUACGAAAAACUAAAAUGGAUUUUUAGUCAAAAGACUGUGGCUAAGACUAAAUUGAAAUUUGCCGUAAAAAUAAACACUGGUUACAUGCAUAUGUGAAUUUACGUCAGCGUGCUACAUCAUGUACAAUUAAACUAAAUUAAAGUGCACCUUGUGCCUGUGGCUUGUUGUCAAUUUAAAGAGCAGAAAUUGUCACCAAACUGCCAAACUGAUAGCUAAUGUAUAGAGAAAGAGUUAUUCUCUACAAUAUGGAACCAGCCUGGGCUUUACUGAUAUGUCAUAGUCUGAAAACUAUUACCGUCAGGCGCCUGUGCCCGCAGUUCUUCUAAUUUGAGCAUGCGUGGUUAAUCAGAAUUUCAUAAAUUUGCAUUAUCAUACCAACUCAGACUAAGUUAAGUAAUUAUUCACUGGCGGAGAGCCAUCAGUUUUCUACUAGUCCGCUCCAGGGGACACCUGGUAGCAUUACCACUACAGCAUGCAAUUGUAGUUAUAGUGCGUACAUCAUCUCUUUAAAUGCCUUUCCUAUUGUACUUUAAGGGAAAUGAUGGAUUGUCAAAACACAUUUACGCUCAAAGUUCCACUGUUGAAUUUCACAAAAACCAGCCAACUGCAAAGAUUUGAAAAAAUAUAUACUUUGCAAAAUAUUUAAUUCAUCAAAAGGAACCUCCAGCUAAAUCCAUUGCAUAGAUGAAUCCCAAAUUUCACACAUAAAUAAUGCUGGUGGCAUUCAAAAUCAAUGAACAAAAAAAAUUCCCUGCUCCCCGCAUCACAAAAUAAGCGGUUUUUUUUUUUCCUUUCUUUUUAAUUUCGGUGUUUUGAGCGCUUGACUAAGACCUCAACGCUGACUUCAACAAACGUUUUUAGCCAUUAACAUGCAAUUUGCAUAUAGAUUACACAUUCUUUGAUUGCUGUGUAGGGAUGCAGGUUCAUUUAUUUUGUCUCGGAGUGACUGUUGCUGUGCAUUGCAUAAAUUGUAAGCUGCUUUAUUGACCAGUCAGAGGGUGAGAAAGAAAACUGCUUAUAUAAGAGUCCACAACUCAAUAUUGUUAGGACACAUGCUGAGUGUCUGUGAUUGAGCACAGGUGAUCCUAACCUACCUAAUUGUGUUAUUGACCUAUCAGCGGAGGGCUGGAAACUUUUGACCUGCAGGGACAAAUGCAAACCAAUUGUUUUUUUUUAAUAUAAAUCACAGAUCUCAGAGUGGAUGGUCUUUAUUUAUCCAGAGCAUGCAGUAUAUGGGCAGACGGAGGCUGCUGGAGUUUGUGAGGGAUGACAUCAUAUAUCCCUGCAACCUCUCUGCAGACACAAAGCCGGGGCCACAUAACUGCUGAUGUGUGUUAUGACUGCUGUGAGCAGUGCACUGUCUUGUCUCACCCUGCAGUCACUUAUAAACACCUCCAGGUACACUAUACAGACUCAUCCUAGUCCGGCACGGUUGUCAAUCCAGAUACUGCAGUACUCUGGGAAAUAUCUCAAAGGCCAGCCCUAGACAACAUUGAGAUUGUAUGCCAACACCCCACGCACAAACCAACACAACGUUGCAAACCUCUUAAAUUUCACAUCAACAAAGAGGGGCACUUUAAUUCUAGGAGUGUGGUUGGGGGUAUGGUCAGGGGGAAGGGUUGUUCUGAGACUUUAAGGUGACUUACUAAUAACAAUUUAUACAGUAAAAUGUAAUAUAGGACAAGAACAAUGUAUCUUAUUUACACAGACUGAUUUCUAAACACCUUUAUUGUGAGUAUUAUUGCUAUGGAGCUCUGUUACACAUUCAGACACACCCUUAAUAUGGAGCUCCUAAAAAAGAGGGGCAAUAGGAUAGAAAAGAGGGACAGAGGGAUUUGGGCCAUAAAUAGGGACUGGCGCUCCUAAAUAGGGACACUAGGGAGCUAUGGUGCUGGGCUUGUAAAAGCACUGUACAAAUCCUGGCUACCCCCUCACUCCACCAGUACUGUGACAAAUGCCACCUGCUGUAUUUAUGGUGUGAAGCUACAGUCAGCUACCUCUGUAAACGAAUGGCAUCAGUGACAUUUCCCCCACGCCCCCCGGCGCCCUUUGCCCAUCCUAUGUUUAACGGAGCAGUCAGACUUGUAAUAAUAUGAAUUCAUUAAUGAAUAAUCACGUACAUUAUUUCCAGGAUACUACACAGCAUUUUUUAAAGACUAUAUUGUCAUCAACAUACACUCUCUCUUUCAAUGGCUUAUUGCGUCACCCUGUCAGUACCACCACGGGUAAAAAACUUCCCAUGUUAUUACUUCCAGCAUCUGUCUGGGGAAAGUUAGCAGAUUUCCACCAAUGACAAAGUCUCCGCGCUGGCUGUACUGUCUCUGAAUUACAGCUACGUCGCACCAUGUAUUCUACAGAAUGAUUCCUCGCUCAGUCUAUGGUACUUGGGGAUUCCAGACUCACUGUAUUUUGCUGCACAUACAUCACACCUGGUCGUUUGUAGACUGCAUUACUCAUGCUGUAUAAGGCAAUACCUGUAAUGAUUUGAUGGAUUUCUUUUGAGAGCUCACCUUGAUUCAUGAACUGGUUUCCUUUUCUUCGGCAUAGAAUGGUACAUACAGCAGGGCAGCCCAUCAGCGGGAGAGAGUAAGUGAUCUCUGUCCAGGGAAAUAUGGUGGAUCUAAAAAAAAAGGCACUGUUUUGUUUUCUGUUACAAAGUAUAGAAUCAUAGUUUUUUUUUCACUAAAUUAAACUAAUUGCAAUAUAUUGCAAUUGUAUGGGAAAAUUGAGGCUGUCGUAGCCAAGGAAUACAGAUGAGUCGAAGAUUAGGGAAUGUUUUGGUCUUUUCAGGUUUCGCCCAUGUGGUUUUUCGAUUCGGAAAGCAUUUGAAUAGAGGCAAUACGCUGCACUGCGCCAAUUAGCAUCUCCUCACAGAGAUGAAUUGACUCAAUGUAUCUCUAUGGGCAAUGUUCAGAGCCUCUGUGUAAAGCACGGAGAUGCUGAACGCCAAUGUGCAGCAACGACCCAGGAAGCACCUUUAGUGGCUGUCUGAGUAACUGCCACAGGUGAUUUUACUAGGCACCAAUGUAAAUGCUGCCUUUUCUUUGAAAAGGCAGCAUUUACACUGAAAAGCUUGCAGGGACUGACUAUACUUACCAGAACCACUAGAUUAAGCUGCAGUGGUUCUGGUGACUAAAGUGUCCCUUUAAGUUAAAUUCUAUUACAAUUGUUCAGAUGUAACUUGCAAAAAAAAACAUUACUUUUCCCCAUUAGUACAUCUCUAUAGCAGUAGAUUGCAGCUGCACGCAUGAAAAUGUGCAUUGGCUGGAGGCAUUACAUGUGUUAUAAUAGUAAUAAAUAUGCCUAGUUUUUAUGUUUUGCUUUUUUUUUAUAUCAAUCCACGCUCUCAUUUCAUUAUGCCCGAGGCUGGCUCUUGCUAUGCUAUAUUCUAAAUGAACAAAGAAAUAAAUUGUAUACUUUGACCUACUUUGACUGUAGAACAAACCUUUGUCGGUUAUUGUCACACACCUAGCACUCUCAUAGGGUUUUUUUUUCCUACCAAAUCUUAAUCCAGGACCCUCAUUACUGACUAUUGCAGAGAAAAUAGUACUGCAGAUAACCUGCAGUUAGCAUUGAUAGAUCCACUAUGGACAAUGUUAAUCAAUGUUUUUGCUUAUCACAGUAAAGGAAUACUCCAAGCACCAUAACUACUACUGUGCACUUUAGUUGUUAUAGUGCCAGGAGUUUGCUUGCGCACCACAAUGUAAGUAUUCAAUCGAGGGUUAGUCUUCUUAUUUGGGGUCCGCCAGAGUUUGCUUCCUGCCUCCACUACUCCUAAGCAGGAGCUUCCAUUAGAUCUCCAGAGGGCUAGCUCAUUGGCUGAGAGUGUCAUCUAAUUGCUGGCAGCCAAUGAGCUAAGCCCUGCACCUCUGGGCUUAGCUCAGACAGAUAGCUUCUCUGUCUGAGGUAGUGGAGGUGGGGAGUGGCUCCUAGUGGACCCCAGGUAAUAAGUCAAACCAAUCUAAAAUGUGUCAGGGCACUUCUGGCACUAUAACCACUACAUGACACUGUAGUGGUUAUGGUGCUUGGAGUGUUUCUUUAAAACUGAAGACAAGUAGUUUGUAGCAUUUAAAGCUGCGGAAGGCAAGUCCAUUAAUCAUUCUGUAGGGCCUCCCAAUGACCAACUGAUCUUUCUCUAGCAACAUGUGCUGCCCACUGCCUAAGGAAGGCCUGGACUUCUGGACCAGUUAGGCAGAGUAGACACCUACCUACUUGAAUAUGUCUGUUUCAGAACUUAGAAUGUACCUUUUAGGAGCUUAGGUGGCUGGUAACAAGAGAUAAGUACCAGGGGCCUUGGCCAGUGUCCUCUGUAGCCUAGUCAGCCACCUAUGUUUGAUAGAACCAAGAAGCAGGGGUGUUGAACUGCGCUGAAUCCCCAUGGUAAUAUGAAUCUGGGUGCAACCAGACCGGUCCCAGUUCCAAGAACCCAAUACUUGAUAAGGCAAAAAAAUUGUAAGAUGUCCAGGCACUCCAGAAUUCAAAGAAGGCAAAUGUAUUAAUACAUUUAUUAAACAAGCUGACAAAGACCGUUCUGGUCGAAACAUUGUGAUUGGCGGUGGGUUUAAUAAAUUUGCCUUCUUUGAAUUCUGGAGUGCCUGGACCUCUUUCUGUUUUUUUGUCCUAUGUUUGAUAGCAGGGUUACAGGAUUAGUUAUCAGUUAGAUGGUGUAACACUCAGCGUUGUCCUAGAUCCUCCAGUGUCUGUGUGUGAGGUUGGACAGGAAGUGGAAGGGGUCACUUCCCAUCUCCCCACUAACAUCCUCUAACACAAGAAAUGUAUUGCUAGAGGAGCAGGAAGCUAUAAGUGAGGUGGGCUGUCUAACUGCAGGACAUCAAUGAGUGAUGCACACUGUAUAAAACCUACUGCAGCUCUCCUAUCAAUCAAAGAAGGGAGAUUAGACUACAGAACACACACAUAAGUACUUUGCAAUACCUUUAAGCUCCAUAUGUCCUAAACACCUCUUUUUCAUUACCCUGAAUGUGAUCCUUCCUAAAACCUAAACAAACCCUUUUCUUAUUUCCAAAUUUAUAAUUCUUUAUUUAUAGCGUGCGGGGAAAUUCAAACAUGCAUGGUGUGCCACAACAGCAUGAACAGGCUUUGGUAUGAAUACAUAUUGUACAUAUUCGUGGCAUUUUGGAAAGACUACACAUUUUAGGGUAAGCGAGUUAAACUAAGCAUUUUUCAAUUUUUCAGUGAUACACAUGCUGGUGCUGGGUAUGUCAGUUGGUGAUGAAUCGAUUGCUAGUUAUGUCAUAUUAACAAGAUGAGUGAAGUAUGCUUAGUCAAAAUCUGCACUUGUUAUAGUAGUUAAACAAUGAACAAACAUGCUUUUGAGAAUUCAGUAGAUGACAGAUAUCUAAAGACAAGCUGAUUUAACUGACAAGAUGGGUGCUCAGGUUUAUAGGGUGAUCUAUAAGCAAGCUUAGGGAUGGGGUAUACCACCAGGUAGCAGAUCUCCUAGACGUUAAUGGCACAGAGUUCCCGAAAGUAAGAUAGCUAAAGGCAAGACUGUCUCAGUAGUAGGAAGUCUCUCUAAAGAUGAGUGAAAGAUAGCCCCUUCAGCUACAUAUAUGUUGUACAAGGGUGCCCGGUCUGCUGCCAGUCGCUGGGUGCUGGGCAAGUUCUCUGCUGUGUUCUUGCUGCAUGUGUGGAUCUCCCUGACAGCAGGGGUUUGGGUUAUUGCUCAUCUGCCUCUCCGUGUGUCGGUAACCCCCUGCGGUGUGGUAGUGGUUGCGGGCAGCGAUGCAUCUGUGGGUCGUCUUGCUUCCCUGCCCGGAGGAGGGAGGAAGCACCGGGACCCCGCGGGAGGCCUCCGAGAGUCUAGUCGUAGCGGAGGUGAGUGGCUUGUUGGGGUUCGAGGGUGUAUGCAGGCGGAUGGCUGCAGUAAGAAUCUGUGCCGUAGGUACUUACGGACCGCCAUGUUUACUGCCGAUGCGGGUGAGUAGUCUGUGGAGGCUAUGGUCUCGGCGCCAUCGCACAUGGCCUCCGCCAUCUUGGUUUAAGUGCCUGGAUUGCGGGUCUUGGCGGCCCUGCUGCUGUGCCUUAGGUGCUUUGCAGUGGUCAGGUCCUGAGGAUGGGGACCAGAAUCACCCCCACGGUCAAAAGGGGGGUGGUACAGGCCGGUUCCCCUUUGGUCUGACUCAUGGCUGAGCGCUGAUCGGCAGGCAGCGGGGCAGCGGCCAUCCACCCUGCUCACUGCCGGAGUAGGCCUCGAUAGUGUCCGUGAGGAAUCCUCCUCCAGGGGACUGAAGCCUGUUUGAUCCAGGGCUCUCUGCCCACUGAGGGCCACCAUUGCCGGACAGUUUUGUGUCAGGAAUCAUAUUUUUAUAGCUUGUUUGGUCUUAGGUUGCAGGAGCUUGGUUGUAUAGGGAGAGGUAUCAGCAGUAGAAAGAGGGAAGUGCUCAUGCCAUUGUACAGAACACUGGUGAGACCUCACUUGGAGUAUUGUACGCAGUACUGGAGACGGUAUCUUCAGAAGGAUAUUGAUACCUUAGAGAGGGUUCAGAGAAGGGCUACUAAACUGGUUCAUGGAUUGCAGGAUAAAAACUUACCAGGAAAGGUUAAAGGAUCUUAACAUGUAUAGCUUGGAGGUAAGACGAGACAGGGGGGAUAUGAUAGAAACAUUUAAAUAUAUAAAGGGACUCAACACAGUAAAGGAGGAGACUAUAUUUAAAAGAAGAAAAACUACCACAACAAGAGCCCCUCUUAUUUCCAAAUUUAAGCUCUGAAAGUCUAAACCUGACAAAAAAACAAACAAAAAAACACUUUAAUUUAAUCUUAGGUUUAACUUUACUUAAUAAAAUAAACUCCCAAUUAUAGAGAUGCCACACUCUGAUCUGUCUGUUUACCAGGUAAUAUGUAUAUGAUUUCUUUUAGUUUAUCAUGUAUUUCAUUUGUGGAUGUUUCUUUAUUUUGUUGUGGAGGCUUGCUGUUCCAUUGUCAACAUGAGAAACACGUUCUCAACCUUGCAGUAUCUACAAACAUCUAAUAUUUGUACCUGAAAUACACUAUUGGUUGUAUACUAAGUGCACUUGUUGUAUCACAGUUUGUUUUGCAAUAAAGCUCUUGAAAAUCAAAAAUUUAAAAAAAAGAUAUGGAGCUGAAAAGAGAGAGCCUCUUAAUAUUGUACAAAAUUUAUUGAGAUUAAAAUUAGUAAAUAAAUUCAUUUACUAGUAUCAACAACUAAAACCUACUUUACUUCAGGACUAUGGUACGUUAGUCUACGUCACUCAUUGUUUGAUACGAAAUAAAAACAUUUCCCAUAGUACUUCCCCAUUAAAGUUGGCAGGGAACUAUGAUACAUGACAGGAACGGAUUCAUAAAUUAUUAAUAGACUAAGACAUUUUAAUCCUUGUUGGAUAUUAACUUGAGUAUGCUGGUGAUUAGCUAUUAGAAGCUACAGUCAUGCUGGUGUUCCGUUCAAUAAAAAAAUAAAACAACCAACAUCGGUGUUUACAGAUCUAUGCUACCUUCAUAGCACUUUAGAAGACCUUAACCCCUUAAGGACCAAACUUCUGGAAUAAAAGGGAAUCAUGACAUGUCACACAUGUCAUGUGUCCUUAAGGGGUUAAAGAGAACAAAUUGUGUGUGUUUGUAUGUUCCACAACUCCCUCAUGCUUACCUUCCCAGGUGGGCCAGUAGUGUGUGAGCUGCAUCCCUGGUGGUCCUGAUUUGCACCAAUAUUGCGGUUCUGGAUUUCUGAGUCAUCAAGAAAUGUAGGUGGACUACAAGGGCACCAUUAAAAUUAAAGUAUAAAAGUUGAAGUCCACUUGUGUUGCAAUGUAGGGUUAAGAUCAACGGACAAAAAGAUACAACGUUUCGGCCUUUAUUUUGAUAUGACAAAUUUAUAAAUCCUCAGUGAAAGCCUAUUUUUAGUAAAAUAUGUCACACGAUGCAAUCUACCUGUGUUUAUGUGUUUGAUAUGUAAGUAUGAAUUAAUGAUACUAUCACCCUGACUAUACCUUCACAAAGUAAUAUGCCUUUCCAGCGUCAUUAACGUAAACAAACUUCAGUGGGUAAUAAUGACUAUAAUUAGCUUUUCGAUUCUGCAUCUUCAUGUGUCAAUAAACAUCUAAUUAUAUAAAAAAGCAAUUGCCCGUGCAUUGCGUAAUUGUAAUGUGUGGUUAAUGACACUGUUAUCGUCACCCACAGCAGGGGAGUGAAUGACAAAGAUAAUGAUAAAAGGCAGGGGAGAGUGACGGGUACACAAAAAAAGACAACUGGAGAAAGGGAAAAACAAUCAGCAGUAAGCUGGAAGUAGAAUUGACAUUGGAAAAUUAUAGCAGUAUUAGAAAUUGAUUUAAAAUGACGGCUUCUUUCGACCAAUGAAAUCUGACCUCUUUGAGCAUUAACCAGCAUUUUCAGUAACUUGUAUCGUUGCUUCCAUUCUACUCUGUGAUGUGUUUCUAUAUUACUGACAGUUUAAUUAGUUGGCGUUUUAGCCUUAUGGUUACACCUGUUAUCUUCUGUUUUUUACAGCAUGGCUAUUCAUAGUUUUCAGUUGCCAAACUCACAAGUCUCUCUAGUCCCCAAGGUUGGACUCAAGUUAUCCAUCACUGGGGGCUUCAUUCAGGUGGAUGGACAGUGGAAGUUCAAGACAAAACUUCAUUUUAUGUAAGUUCUCUGAAUGUGUGUACAAUAUCCUAGUAAUAUCCAAGCCAAAUGACACACAUUGAAAUGUUUUGGUCUUGUCAUGACGUCUUGGCUUAUGUUCAAGUUUGUAAACGUAUGUUUUUCUUUUAGUAUAUUAAGGGGGAAUUGCUUUACAAUAUGUGGUUAAUCAGAUGCAAGCUGGUAAUGUUCAAUCUUGGGAUAGAAAAAGGUUGAAAUAAAAAUAUGAGCAUGAGUAAAUCAAUAAAACAUACUCUGACAAAUACUUCCCAAUAGCUCACUAUCAGUCAGGACUCAGCCAGAACUUAAUGGCUAUAGACUAGGAACACAAACAUUUAGGUGGCUUGCCCCCCUUAGCACGUAAUAAAACUCACCUUAUUUCCCUUGGCGUAUGGAUCUGGCAGCACUGGCCCCGCCGCUGAUCUGCCUCCUUAGCUCACAUUGUCAGAAUUGAUGAUUCCAGUCAAUCCAAUGCUUUGGAUUGGUUGAGAUGGUCAAGGAGGCGGGGGCCAAACACCAGCCUGGCCAAUCAGCAUCUCCUCAUAGAGAUGUAUUGAAUCAAUGCAUCUCUAUGGGGAAAAUUCAGCGUCUCCAUACAGCACUGACUCAGGAAGCACCUCUAGUGGCCCUCUGAGGAGUGACCACUGGUGACCACUGGAGAUGUCCCUAGGCUUUCUCUGAAAAGGCAGUGUUUACAGCAGAAAGCCUGCAGGGAAAGGCUAUACUCACCAGAACAACCACAUUAAACUGUAGUUGUUCUGGAGACGAUAGUGUCCCUUGAAACAUGGCUGUAUCUUUUCACUAACCUUACUAAACGCCAAUUGUCGUUACCAGGCUCUGCAUGUUAAAGAAAAAUCUGCAGCUGGUUGAGCCUUCCUAAUUCAAACUCAGUAAAAUAUAUUUUUUUUAUUAAUAUCAGACAUUUAAGAACAAAGAAUCUAUAAUAAUUCCACUUAUCCAACUCCAGUCCGCUCGAAAGAUACAAAGCCUUUUACGCAAGUUCCAAUUGGCAAUUCUAAAAUGUAUUAGAGCGAUGCUAAAUCUCAGGCAUGCUGAGUUAAUACUAAAUGUCUUCUCUGCGGGGCGUUUAAAUAGUAAAUCGGAAAAAAUGAUCUAUAAUGUGAUUAAAGGAGUAUGUCACAAUAAACCUUUAAUCCUGUAUAUCUGUUUACACGGGAGUCCCAUCUAUAUGUUGCCUUAAAAAAAUCUAUUCUGAUGUUCCGGAGACUGGAAGCCGAUAAUGAAUGUGAAUCAAAUUUUUUUUAUUCUUUUAUAGUUUAUAUAGAAGUAACUUAUUCUCUACGUGAUGCAGUGCCUUUUUUUUUUUUUUUAAGCUUUUCCUUAAAGGGCAACUUUCACUUCCAGAAUUUUUAAUAAUAUAUUUAUUAUAUAGUAAUAUUUAACAAGCAUCUUUUUGUGAUGUCUGAAAAAUAAAAUUAAAUAUAGAAAUUCGCACUACUGCAUUUAUGUCUGUCUUGAACUGAGUAGGAACUUAAAAGGAGACCGCACUCACCAGUCUACGAAUGUGCACCGGAUCCGGGGAAGGCCAGGCCCCGCGUUGAGUGAAUAAAAUAAAGUAGUUCUCCAGGCAUUCAAGUUACUCUAUGUUGCUUCAAUAAAGCUGCUGUUUUGCUAUCAACUUGAGUUUCUUGACCUGAGGGCCUCCAUCUUGGUCACCUGUCAAUCAUUGUUUUGCUGCCAUGCCCUAUGCAUUUUUUUGUCUUUUGAAAGAUAUAAAAAAAACUGUUUUUACACUUGCCAAUCAAUAUGAAGAUUUCACGGCAACUUGUGAGAAAUAUCUUCAUGGAGGCAGACAAUCAUAACCAGUGGUCGAGAAGUAGCAUGGUACGUUGAGGAGAAGAUACAGAAAUUAAAUUUCUGUUUUUCCUUCUCCAAUUUAAUGUGUGCCUUGGCUGUGCCAGAACUGAACUGGAUCGAGAUGUCAAUUGCUAAAUCUUUAAUAUACUUUUAAUUUUCAUGAAAAAGAAUAAUGCAAGUUAUAGGUGAUUUUCAGUUUUGAGUUCAGUGGUAUGAUUUCAAAAGACGUAACAGUUCACCUAGAAAAGUUUUACUAAUUGUUGAAAUAUCUCAUUUGCCUAGAUCGGGUCACGGGAGUUUUGUUCUGAAGGUGCAGGGACUCAGCAUUUCUGUCGGCCUGAAGUUGGGGAGUGAUGGAUCCGGAAGACCAACGAUCUAUCCUUCUGAUUGCAGUAACCAUAUUGGAGAUGUUAAUGUGCACAUUUCUGGGAAGUAUAAGUGAGUUGGCUCCCAUGGUCCUCAUUAUUGUGGGUUUAGAGAGAGAAACACUUUGUUAAAGGAAACUUGAAUCAGAAAAGUUAUUAUGUGUAAAAGAUCAAAUGGUUUUACUAAAGGUACCAUACCAUUUUUAUGUUGCCUUUGUAUCACCUGGACAUGAGGUUUAGGGUUACUACCAGGGUUAUUCAAUAAAGUGAGAAUUAUCUUGGAUUUAAAAAUAUUGUCAGGGAAUCAAGAUUCAAGAUCAUUUUCAAAUUUAAAGGGAUUGUGUAGUGUUAGGAAUACAAAGCUGUAUUCCUAACACUAUAUAGCACUCUUCCCCCCUCCCCCACCUCACGCCCCCUCUACCCCCUCUCACCUAGCACUUAGCCAUUAGGCCCUCCCCAUAGGAAAGGAAAUGUAAAAAUUGCAGUAUCUCUAAAACUGCAAUGUUUUACAUUGCAGGACUAAGGAGGACACGGACCAUACACCCAGACCACUACAAUGAGCUGAAGUGGUCUGGGUGACUAUGGUGUCCCUUUAAGGCCUAAGUAGCCCAGUUCAGCCCUUUGAAAUUCCUGACAAUUUUAACUUGAUUGAAUAACUCUUUAUAUCAAUUAAUGUUGACAUUUGUUACUGAUUUUGGUUGUACAUUUUACAGUUUAAAUUGUGUUUCUGAAUUUGAAGUUCACCUUGUCCCCAACAUGUUUGUGGAUAUUAGAACUCCUUUAAGACAAUUUGAAAUAUUUUAAUUACAGCAUAUAUAUAUAUAUUGACUUGCAAAAAGGGUUCACUUGAUAUAAUGUGUCCUUGUGUCCUUUGCAUUUUUUUCAAAACAGAUGAGCUUUGUUAUUUAUUGAACAAAAGAAUAAAUAUAUAGUGCAAAUGAUUGAUAAACACUCUUAUACAUGGCAAAGUGUAUUAAACUAAAUAAGCAUAUGUUUAAGCUCGUUUUGGCAGGACUCUAUUCCAGUAUGUCAAUCACAUUUUGUUAGAAUUAAUUGUUUGUCUUGUUUACCUUCUGUACAGCGCUGUGGAAUAUGUUAUUGCUAUAUAAUUAAUUGUAAUUGUAUAAAAAUCAAUGAUUGAGGGUCUGUUCACAUAACAGUAAGUUGCAGGGGGCUCACAGGCUGAAUUAAUCGUGUUAACAUUUUACAGGUGGCUGGCGGACUUGUUUCACCGGAGCAUUGACAAGGCAUUAAGGAAAGCCAUUGAGAAACAGGUACAUGGAUGGGGUAGAGCUCUCAGUAACUGGGCUCUAUCUAAGCCAGCAACGCAGACACUGGUUAUAUUGAGAAAAUUAUAUCCUAUUGUCCUUGUGUGUGGCUGGGAUUAUACGCUGCUGUGUUUGAUGGAUAAUACGCCAGUUAUCAGAAGUUGUUGCUGAAUAGGGAUUGCAGGGAUCAGUGUCAUCCUUAUCAUGUAUUUGUGUUAAUACUAAUCUUCAUUAGACACUGACGGGUUGCAAUGCUCUAUCUCUCUCUCUCUGUUAAACUAGAUUAAUUUUGCUGGUCGUGAGAAAAGCUUUGUAUUUUUUUAUUAUUCGUCAGUACAAUCCUCAGGCUUCAGGCAUUUGUGUUGCUUUCGUGACAACAUAAAAAGCAAUAAAUGCUCGUGUUUUUAUUUUUUAAUGUACAUGUGUUUAUUUGUUUCCGUAGAUCUGUCCUCUUGUCAGCGAAUCUAUUCUACAAAGGCUGGAGCCUAUUCUGCAAACUCUGCCAGGUAGGAUCAGGGUAAAGUAAAAGACUAUGGCAAUCAGUGCAAUAGAAUUGGUAUGUGUCAACAUGUACUAAGGAGUGAUGACUUACACGCUCAUAAAGUUACAUUCUGUUACAUUUUUGUGGUUAUAAUAAAACAAUAAAAAUUAAAUAUAAAAUAUUUCCCUAUCAACUCAUGGUAGCAUUAACCAAGUGGUAGCUCAUGCCCUCACAGCGAAAGGACAGGAAAUAGAACCCUGAAAAUAAUAUCACGGUGUUGCAAAUUUUACGCCGAAAUAUCCCCGAAAUUUGAUGUUCCUUGUUCAGUUCCUUACAAUUCCCAGUUUAUGGCUCAUUUACAAUCUUUACAAUAAAUACCAGUCACAAUCUGUCACUAGAAUUGUCGCGAACUGUCCGCCGAACUGUUCGCGAACUGUCCGCCGGCGAACAAUAGAGUGUUCGCGUUGGGCGAACAUAUCCGAUUUCCGGUAUGCCCCCUAUACAUCAUCAUUGAGUAAACUUUGACCCGGAACCUCACAGCCAGCAGACACAUUCCACCCAAUCAGCAGCAGACCCUCCCUCCCAGGAAGUGUCUGCUGACUGUGAGGUUCCGUGUCAAAGUUGUCUCAAUGAUGACGUAUAGGGGGCGGACCGGAAAUCGGAUAUGUUCGCCCAACGCGAACACGCUAUUGUUCGCCAGCGGACAGUUCGCGAACAGUUCGGCGGACAGUUCGCGACAUCUCUAUCUGUCACUAGCAACUGCCCGGUAGCCCGGUAGUGGCUACAAUUUAACAUCAAGUUUACUACCUUUUUGCAAACUUUUUGUAGCCAUUGGCUAUUAGCUGAUGCAGUUACAGAAACUAACCCCUUACAUAUUAGCAGCUUGCAGGUAAAGCACAGAAACCCACACCUUGGUAUGCGUACAUCGCACUAUGUGACAAGUAGCGACGGGCAAGUAUCGGCUGGCUGCUAAGCUUAGGGACAGGGUUGGAAAAAAUAUUUUUGCCUCAAUAAGAUGUUUAGGGAUUUAUCUUUUUCCUACCAGGCCAGAUGUUCUGUUCAGUUUUAGUUAGGUUAAUGGCAACUUGUAAUGAGUAGCGACAGGCUGCUAAACCAGUUGGAAACUGGUCAUUAAGUAGAGGGAGGCACCUCUCAUAUGGUAGACAUUACACGCUACUUGGCAACUGGCUUUCAGUAGUGGCAACUGAUAAUUCCCCAUCACUACUUGUGAAAUUUGUCAAUCAGUAAGCAGGCAUUUGUGUGAAUAUGGUGUCGUUGUGGGUCUAUGGGUAUUGAAUAUAGCUUCUGGACUGAUUCAUGCAGAAGGUUAGUAUGAAGCCCCCCAAAUUCAGUUAACUAGUUACCAAAUAGUAGAGGUAAGUCCUACCAUAAAGGGUGGCUAAUUAAAGGGACAGUAACAUUCUUUGUCAUAUGCAUAAAUAAAGGCAAAUCAUUUCUUAUCUUUCCAGCUGAUCAGUUUACAAAAGCUACUAAUGUCUUUUCUAAAUUGAUUUAUUCCAUGAACAGAACUAAUCAGUCAGAAAAACACUCCAUAUAGGAGUGUUCAAAUCAUGGAUUCCAGCUGGCAAUGCAUUAUGGGAUGCACAUAUUAAUCUCCUGUAUGUGGAAAAAGAAUUGACUGCCCAUUAAAUAUGUCUCGGCAAUAAAUAUUACGUCUGUUUUUGUGCAGUAGCUGCCAUAAGUGAAAAUUUCACCGCUGCUAUAUCAUUAUGAAAUAUUUGAUAGUCGCCAUCUGGAAAUUCCCAGACCAGAGGGAAAGCUUAGUCAUGUACUCCUGUAAUAACGCAUCCCAGACAUAUUUGGCACACCGCUUAUUGAAUUGUGGUGCAGGGUAGGCCCAUAUGUUGUUGAUGCCCUAGGUGAAUUAUGUUGUCUCUUUAAUUUGUCGUUUUUUUGAUUCAUGCUGUCCCCUUCCACAGCUCGUUACCCAUGUGGCUGAGUAGCUGCCCCUGGAGACAAGUCAUCCGUGCUCUGGUCAACACUGUCCAAGUCCAACUGUGAUUGAGGAAAUAUGGUUGCUAAUAAGAAAUCUGUCUUGAUGGCUUUAAAACUCAUAGAGAGAACACACGAAGGAUCCAGUCAUAGAUAAAAUAUUGUAUUCAAUUCAAAUUGCAUCAUUCGUAUGUCAUUUCAUUUGUGUGGCUGUAUGGUGGUUCCAAGUAGGACACGCCACGGGUCAAUUAGUUAGCUUACUAAGUGCCCUCUAAAAAUGGAUGAAUAGGGCUAUAAUAGUUAUAGUUAAUAGAGCAUGUGUUGAGGGUCUUAUUGUACCUUAUUCUGGCCUUACAACGUCUGUAAAGGUCCUCAGAAAAUGAUCACCAGACCUUGAAAAAAAAACAUAGUAGACCUAUUAACAGGUUGUAUUGCUUAACCUGCUACUGUUUGUCUCUUUAACAGUUACUGCCUCAAUAGACAACGUAGCAGCCAUUGACUACUCGUUAACAGGGCCUCCACCUGUGACAGCAGAAUGUGUCGAUGUGCAGCUCAAGGUGAGUAGGCUUCCAUAAUGGAACAGAUACGUUUCCCAGCCAUGCUCACAUGUUUGUUCUCAUUCCUGGUGAUGGGAGAUGGAGUAUGAUGUAUUAUAUAAUGUCUCAUUAAUUCUUCUCUCACAACAAGUCUCGUUAAUUCAUCUCAUGAUACAAGCUAGUAGUGAUCCCACAGAUCUGUCAUCUCAUGUGGAAAGAUCUGAAACAAGUACUGCCAUAUUGGAGAUGGGAUGGAACCAGAUAAAUAUACUAUUAAUAUAUACUAUUACGAUAACAUGUAUCAGUUCAGCUGAGGAAUAAUCUGUGUGUAUCCCUACAUAGGAAUGUAUAUCCUCACUGUGUAUAUAAUGAAAAAUAAAAAUCCAAAUAUACUAAAGAUCUAAAGAAGCUCCAGUAAAUACCAAACUACAGAUUACUCUAUUUAACGCCAUUUUUAUCCACAGGGCGAGUUUUUCAAUCACGUUAACCGCACUGCGCCUCCUUUCUCUCCGCCUGCUCUGUCUUUACCAGUGGAUCAUAGCCUGAUGGUUUACUUUGGGGUUUCUGAAUAUUUGUUUAACACCGCUGGAUAUGUGUAUCAGACAGCUGGGAGACUGGUCUUCACGGUCACCAAUAACAUGGUAUGGAAUGGAGGGGGCGGGGGGGGGGCGGCACGAGAGAUCUCUAUGGCUGGAUUUCUCAUAAAGCAUAUAAGACCUAGAAUAGGGACAGUAAAAAUGCUGCCUUCCAGUUCUUAUGGAACUAAAACACAAUAAUGCUUUAUCGUCCUAAUCGUCCUAAAACCUGUACAGAUUGUGCCAAGGGUCACCUGACAUAUUUAUUCAUUUUAUAUCUACAGAAGAAGAAAGUCAGAGAAUUUUGUUGUUAUGGUACCAUAGCAGUUAAUAGAGAUAGGAUACAGAAAUUGGUACCUGAUGCUUAGCUUCCCUGUUCUUGUUUUUUAAAUUCCAUUGUGCUGUCAAUUUCUGUCAUUAAUUUAGGAGCAUUCGGACUGCAAAAUAUAUUGUAAUACAGCCUCUUUUUACUGAGAACCUAAAUGUGCUUUCUGCCUGGGUAAAUAUAGAGUUGAAUUCCAGAAAUAAAUUAUGGCACUAGCAACCAAAUACUCAUAUUCAACAGAACUGGCCACUGCCUGCCUGCAAAUUUAGUUAGAUUAAAUUUACACUAUUUGGUUAUACUGAAUUUGCAGGCAGAUAGUGACCGAUUUUAAUACAAGCUAUAGUUACAAACUUGGAGGAGUUAAUACACCCCAAUUAAUAAAAAUUAAAUUUUAAAGGGUUACUCCAAGAACCAUAACCACUUCAGUUAGUACAUAUGAGAAUUGCAAAUAUAGUUGAAAUGUGGUUAUGGUAAUAAUAACCCUUACAGUUCGGCUAUUUUAGUCUGGAAUUUGUCAUUCUGAUUUAAUUUUGAUAAAAAAUGAAAUUUGGUGUAUAUCAGUGGUGAUCUUAGUACUGGACUUCAAUGUCUAUAAGGUUUAAAGAACAUUCCAGUCUGAAUCAGCCAUCACUACUUUACUUUCUAUUACCUCCUAGUGCUCACGUUAAUACAGUGUUGAUAUAUAUAUUUAUUUCAGUCCAGUAAAUACACGACUAUUUUCAUUGAAAAAAUGUCAAUACCGCUAAAAUGUAAGUAUUAUCUUACUCUUAGAUUCCCAAGAACUUCAGCAUCCACCUGAAUACAUCAUCUUUCGGAACAUUGAUACCCCAGGUAAGGCAUGAUACCCAGUAUCGAUCUGGCAUGACACAGGAGAGCUACAUAGCUAUAUAUUGUUCUUAAUUGAUAUUAACUGAUUUACAGAUAUCCAAGAUGUACCCAAACAUGCUCAUGAAGUUGUACAUUACAUCUACUUCCACUCCUUUCCUGACUAUGAAACCAGGAAAUGUAACCAUCUCUCCUAUGACGGAUAUUGAAGCCUAUGCUAUUUUACCCAACAGGACCCUGGCUCCCCUCUUCUUACUAAAUGUGGUUAGUACUUGGUCCAGGCUACAGAGUUCAGCUUGUUCAGUUCAGCUACUCACUGAACUCAUUCAUUGUCAGAGACCGCUCAGAAGUCGCUCUCAGCCAACGAAUAAACACAUACAUCGGCAUUCAGACUUCUCUUGAUCAAGAAAACUGGACCCUCAGUGGGACAUCAGUAAAUGUCUCAUUAUGUUAAAAUGGUUUGACAGAUUAGGCUGAGACGGCACUGGAACACUACUGGCACCAUAACAACUACAUGUUACUUUAAAGGGACACUAGAGUCCCUAAAACAACUUUAGCUUAAAGGACCACUCUAGGCACCCAGACCACUUCAGCUUAAUGAAGUGGUCUGGGUUCCAGGUCCAGCUAGGGUUAACCCAUUCUUUCAUAAACAUAGCAGUUUCAGAGAAACUGCUAUGUUUAUGAAUGGGUUAAGCCUUCCCCCAAUUCCUCUAGCGGUUGUCUCACUGACAGCCGCUAGAGGCGCUUGCGUGCUUCUCACUGUGAAAAUCACAGUGAGAGCACGCAAGCGUCCAUAGGAAAGCAUUGAUAAUGCUUUCCUAUGUGACCGGCUGAAUGCGCGCGCAGCUCUUGCCGCGCGUGCGCAUUCAGCCGCAUGGGAGGAGAGGAGGAGGAUCGGAGGAGGAGAGCUCCCCGCCCAGCGCUGGAAAAAGGUACGUUUUUACCCCUUUCCCCCUUCCAGAGCCGGGCGGGAGGGGGUCCCUGAGGGUGGGGGCACCCUCAGGGCACUACAGUGCCAGGAAAACGAGUAUGUUUUCCUGGCACUAUAGUGGUCCUUUAAUGACGCAAUGUUGGUGUAUAGAUAAUGCCCCUGCAGUCUCACUGCUCACUUCUCUGCCAUUUAGGCGUUAAAUCACUUUGUUAAUACAAUCCUAGUCACACCUCCCUGCAUGUGACUUGCACAGCCUCCUAAACACCUCCUGUAAUAAUACAUUUAAUGUUUACACUUGCUUUAUUUUACAUUCUGUUUAAUUUGGAAUUUAUUAUCUCUUACUCUGUUAAUAGCCUGUUAGACCCUGCAGGAGCCUACUGUGGUUAAAGUUCAAUUUACACAGCAGGAGAUACAAACUUCUAUGACAAGUUAACAUCUGACUGAAUAUGAAACCAUUUUUUUUUCAUGUGUGAAUCACAGCCAGGGGAGGUGUGUCUAAAGCUGCAUAAACAGAAACAAAGGUGAUUUAACACCUAAAGAAGAAGAGUAAUUGAGAAUUCCAAAGAAUUGAGCAGUGAAAUUGCAGGGGCAUGAUCUAUACACCAAAACUGCUUCAUUAAACUAAAGUUGAUCUGGUGCCUAGAGUGUCCCUUUAAGUAAACGAGCACACACUUUCGCACAUAACCACAAGGUAUAACUAAGCCACAUGUUUCUAUUUCUGUAUUUAUAAAUGCAUAAGAGGAUCUGUUGACUGUUGUAAUCCAUGCUAAAUGUUGUGCUUCCUCUCCAUAGACAACCACUGCUCUGGCAAAGUUGGGAGUAAAUGCAAGCAGGAUUGUUGGUCAUUUGGAGAUCAGUAGGUAAGCAAAAGAGAUGUGGAUAUGGGUCAAAUCGGGUAUUUUCGCCUUAGUACACAGCAGAUCAAAUUUGAGUUUAGUGUAUCAAAGGUGUUGCAAACUGUCCACAUGUUUUAAAGUGAUCCAACUUUUCUAGUGACAAAUUUCCAUGAUUUUAUAAAUCUAUACUCUGAUGGUCACAUCACAAAGAUUCCAACAUUUUGAAAACCCCCCUUUUUUUGUUGUUUUUUAAAACAUGCUAGUUUUCUGUCCAUGCAGACAGUACUCUCACUAUCACACAACUACAUGCUAGUCUAAGGUAUGAACUGGGGUUCUCUGUAAGCAGUUGCCAUGAUAUCUGACUAGGUGCUGUGUAAUGCGAAAGAGUAUUAGCAACAGGAAGUGUUAUUUCACGCUCUAUAUAACUUGUGAAACACAAUAUACUGACAUCGAUCAAGCAGGUUCACUGAGUAUCUAACUUAACAUUAAUCUUGAAUAAUCAAGGUUUUUUUUUUUUUCUCUCUCUAAAUGCACUGUAAUAUAUUUCUUACAAAUCUAUUAAUUCCUUAGGGUACAGAUGGCUCUCAAACACUCUGACGUGGGACCUUUCUCAGUGAGUACCCAUAAAUAAUGUCCCUUAAAAGUCUUCAGGUUGCAGGUUUUCAAAUACAAACAGCCAUUGUAAAGGAACACUACAAACACCAUUACUACUACAGCUCGUUUUAGUGGUUAUGGUGGCAGAUGUGCCCCAUGUCCAACCUGUUAUUUAAUGGUUUGACUUCUUACCUGGGACCAGUGACCCUCGGUUAAGACGUUGAACCAUUCAACAAUGAUUUGACAACUUACAAUGGGGGAGGGGCAGAUCACUCCUGACACCAUAACCACUACACCUAUCAGUAGUGUUUAUGGUGCCUAGAGCGUUAAUUUAAUAAAUACAUAGAUUAGCACUGCAACAUCCAAAAAUGAAUUUAAAAAAUAUAUAUAUUGUAAAGUUGUAAAUAAAAUAAACAACUGUAAAAUGCUAAUAUAACUGUGGUCAGUACAUUGUGGCUAUGUGAGGUGAAUGUAGAAUUAAACUGAAACUACAAUUAGACAUUAAGCAAUCUCUAGCAUCCGUAUGUGUAACUAAUCCAGUCUAAUACAAUCGUGUACUGGAAGGAAACAGAUCUUACUGACCUAGAACCUGUUUUGUUCUAGUACAUGAUUGUAUUAGACUGGGCAUUGAAAUAUGUUUCACAAUAACAUAAAGGUGCACUGUAGGCAUUGUGUCUGCUUCAUCUCAUUAAACUGGUUUUAGUGUAUGGAGCUCAUUCAGCAUUGAACUGUUUUUAAUGUUAUGUUUUAAUGCUAAACGAGAGUCCCCAGUAGCCCAUCCCAUCUCUCUUGGAUUUGACUAAUAAGGAAGUAUUAGCCUGAGCAGCAAUGGGCAGCUAUGAUUGGCUGAGAGUGUCAAUUGACUGCUUUUAGUCUAUCAUAACUCCAUCUGACGGUAUCAAUGGGUAUGACUACAAGGAAGUGUGUAAUCUCUGCCUUAGCCACACCUCGAGAAGGGGCCAGACUGUGGGUUGCCAGGGACAUUUAUUUAGGGUUAAACUGCUGUUAUGCGGAGGGACAUGGAGGGAAUGGAGGGACAGUGCCGGGGGACUUCAGGCACUAUAACCAAUCUAAAGAGAUGAAAUGGUUAUAGUGACUGCAGUGUCCCUUUAAGAGCUGGUUUAUGUUUCUUCUGAGCUAAUCUCCUCAAUGUGGCCCAGUCAGUAGGGACCUGACUUGGAUCAUCUCAAGAAUCAGCUGCCCAGUGGAUACGGGACGUGUGAGCACAAAAGCAUUGUUUAAAGGAACUCUGUCGGCACGGUAACUACGGAUUGAAUCAGUUAUGGUGCCUGGAGUUUGCGGGCUCCCAGUCCCCCAUUACUACUAAACGGUUUUAUCACAGAUAGGUGGAGAUGCUUUAUGCCAUACCAGGGCAGUGAUUGGAUGAGAGUGUCAGCUGAGUGGUCUGAACUAAUCACUGGCCCUGUUCCUGGUAUGAACUGUGAUGGCUCCGCCUCUGCCAUAACAUCAUUGGAGGCCCAGCUUCAAGCUUAGUUGAUUUAGUUUAGUAAACUGUUAAGUAGUGAUGCGGGAUUGGGCACCCAUGGAUUCAAGGCACCAUAACCACUUUAAUCUGUUGAUGUGAUUUCACAGAUUUUACAGUGUCUCUUUAAGUUUCACCUAUUCAACUUUGUACAGUAACAGAAAAAAAGCAUUUAUAAAGGUUAUUAACUGCGUGGCAACUCUUUCUUUUUUUUUUACACAUAAAACUAUAUAACUAUAUUUUUUUUACUGAUUUAUUGAGCACUUUCAUGAACGGUUUUUUGAUUCAAUUCUAGGUGUCACUUUUAAAUGCUGCUGUGAAUUUCUACAUCGCACACAUUAUACUUCCUCAGGUCAAUGGUAGGUAGAGAACAAUUGCUCAAAAAAAAAAAAAAAUUUGUUAAAGGGACACUAUAGCCACCUGAACAACUUUAGCUUAAUGAAGCAGUUUUGGUGUAUAGAACAUGCCCCUGCAGCCUCACUGCUCAAUCCAUUUAGAAGUUAAAUCCCUUUGUUUAUGAAUCCUAGUCACACCUCCCUGCAUGUGACUUGCACAGCCUUCCAUAAACACUUCCUGUAAAGAGAGCCCUAUUUAGGCUUUCUUUAUUGCAAGUUCUGUUUAAUUAAGAUUUUCUUAUCCCCCUGCUAUGUCAAUAGCUUGCUAGACCCUGCAAGAGCCUCCUGUAUGUGAUUAAAGUUCAAUUUAGAGAUUGAGAUACAAUUAUUUAAGGUAAAUUACAUCUGUUUGAAAGUGAAACCAGUUUUUUUUUCAUGCAGGCUCUGUCAAUCAUAGCCAAGGGAGGUGUGGCUAGGGCUGCAUAAACAGAAACAAAGUGAUUUAACUCCUAAAUGACAGUGAAUUGAGCAGUGAAAUUGCAGGGGAAUGAUCUAUACACUAAAACUGCUUUAUUUAGCUAAAGUAAUUUAGGUGACUAUAGUGUUCCUUUAAUUAUAUUUUUCCUGGCUUUCUUUCAGAAACAUUUUACCAAUAGGAUGAAAUAUCUUGCACUUCAGUAGUGAACUGGCAUUGGUAGAGAGUGGGGGGAAAUUAAAACAACACUACGAAGUAAAUUUGACUUUAUUUUUUAUAGAUAGUCCAGAAAAUAUACAAAAGCGAUACAUUUAGAAAGGUCCCUGAAUUUUCUCAAAGCUCCAGGCUUUUGGAGCAAAAAAAAAAAAAAGUCUGGAAAGAGAGGGACAGAAUCAGUGUGUUUAUGGGGCAAUUUUUUUAGUAAUAAUUAGUAUUAAAUAAAGAGAAACAUCAUGCAUAAGUAGCUAUAACCGAACUUUAUUACAUCAAACGCGUUGGCACCUGGAGUUCCUCAUUCAGGUCCUCUCCAAUAGCAGGUCAGUGAAAUAGUAAAUAAUGUAUAAUUUAAUUUCUGCUCCUUUUAGUUAUUCUAAACAAAGGAUAUCCACUGCCUCUACUUGAUCAUGUGCAACUUGUGGACGUGGUCCUACAGCCCAGUGAGGUCAGUUCAAAUUUAUCUGUAUGAUUCAUAUAUGAGAUAAUCAUUGCUCUUGUAUCUCAAACUUGAGUCUUUAUUUUCAGAGCCGGAUUUACCCUCCUUGCUGCCCCAAGACCAGUAUCCUCAAUGCAUCCCCUGCCAUAUAUGUAUACACACACAAAGUUUGGAGUAAUUGAUUGCACGCAUUCAUAGGGCUAGUUUGGGGUAUGACUGAUUGGUGAAUGUGACUAGGUGGCUGCUUGUUGUGUUUGGGGCUGUAAUGGGGGAAUAGGGGCUUUAGUAGGGGGGAGGUAUUUGCUAUAGUGGGGGAAUAAGACUACAGUGAGGGGAUAAUGGCCAUAGUGGGGAGGAUAGUGGCUGUAGUGGAAGGGUAGGGCCUCUAACAGGAGAAUUGGGAUUGAAGUGGGAGGUAUGAGACUAUUGCGUGGUGGAUAGUGGGUAUAAUGGGGUGACAGUGGCUGUAGUUGAGGUAUAGGGGCUGUAGUGGAAGGAUAGGGGAGUAUAGUGGGGUGACAUACUGUGGUGACAGGUGUUGUAUAAAAGUUUCUUUCCCCCUUCCCUGAGGUUUACUUUGAGCCAGGGAGGGUAGAAGCGCAAUCCAUGGUAGUUCGGAGGGAGAUGCAGCAUGUCUGUAGCCCCAGUGGAUGCAGACAGCUCCUUCCGUCCAGCGCCGGGAAAUAUAUCAGAGAAUUGCCGAGGUAAUCUGCAGCAAUGCUCCGACAUAGUACAGGCGAGUGAGAGCCUCCUAUUUAAACGCCAGCCUUGCAGUAGCCAGCCAGGGAAAUCUACCCUGUCUGCCUCAGCCACACAGCAGAAGAAUGGGCUGGCUGUUGGGGGAGAUCUUUGAUCCCUUUUGACCUUUUGCCACCCCUCUCCUGCUCGCCGCCCUAAGAGCUUGUGGUAAAUUCAGCCCUACAAACAUAUUCCUAAUAAUACAGUUCUGGAAGACAUAUUUAGGUAUCCAGACCCCUCUCUGUGAAAAAAAAAAAAAAAGAUUUUGAAAACGUACCUUUUCUCCACCUCCGCGCCCGUCUUACGCGGCUGGCCCCACCGCCAUCUUGAUGCUCUCAGCUGAUCCCAUGCUUUCGCACUGGGAAGCUAUUGCACAUGCAUGGCAAAAUGCCACGCUGCGCCAAUCAGCAUCUCCCUAUAGAGACGCAUUGAAUUAAUGCAUCUCUAUAGGGAGCGUUCAGCGUCUCCAUGCAGAGCGUUGAGAUACUAAAUGCACACAAUGCAGCAUGGAAUUUGAAAGCACCUCUAGUGGCCAUCUAAGUGAUUGCCACUUGAGUUGUCCUAAGUAGCAAUGUAAACACAGCAUUUUUCUAUGAAAAGGCAUCGUUUAAAUUGAGAAGAUUGCAGGAAAAUGCUAUAGAUACCAAAAUCAUUACAUUAAUUACUAUUCUAUCAAUCUACUUCCAUAAUACUUCCCUUACCUUUUGUGUCACUAUACCCCACUCCCUCUAGCAUGUAAGCUCAUUGAGCAGGGCCCUCAACCCCUCUGUUUCUGUGCGUCCAUUUGUCUGGUUAAAACUACAUGUUUGUUAGUCCAUCCAUUGUACAGCACUACAGAAUUUGUUGGCGCUAUAUGAAUGUAAUAAUAAUUAAGCUUUAGUGAAUCUGGUGACUAUAGUGUCCCUUUACAUGUGGAGUAGAACUAUAUAAAACAUUUUCUUCAGUGACCAGUAAAACAAGCUGUGGACUCAAGCAACGGAACCAUAAUGUUCUAAUAUUGCAAUAAUACUUUAUAUUUAUUUUCAGCAUUUCCUCCUGUUUGGGGCCAAUGUCCAUUAUGGUUAACUAAUAGAGUAAUGGAGCUGGCCAAUCAAAGAACUGGAUUGUUUGCUAACCAGUUAAAGUGGAGUCUUACGUUGGACCGGUUACUUUGACAUCAGAUGAAAAUUCACUAUCAUCCGAAGAUUAAUUGUUUGUUGUUUAAUUAUAGUCAAAUUUGCAACCAAGUCUACUAAUGGUGAAUUUACAUUUUUCACUAACAGUAUUAAGUUUAAAAAUUGGCUUAGCCAUUUCCUGAUUUGUGGGUGGACAGGGGAGGAGAGAUUACCGCAGAAGCUGCAAAACAUUGGUGCUAGAAGCAAAUGCAGGCUUCUUACAAAAUAAAUAUAUGUAACAUAUUAUGAAAUAUGCAAAAAAAAAAAGAAAAAAAAAUGUAAAUUAUAAUUUUAGUUGUUCCUUUAAAGUGGUGCUGUGGUUCAAGUAAAUGUGCACAUCUGCUUGUCCAGAGAUGUACCCCUUAUUUAUACAAUGGGAGCAGAAAGGAGAGGGGGGUUCAGUACACUGGUGGAACUACUAGGGUCACUAGACUGACGGUUCAGGACUUUCACCUGUCAAAUGGGACCCACGCCACGUUACAAAAAAAAAAAAAAAAAAAAAAAUCGCUAUUUAAUGCAUUGCUAUUCUGGCAACUUAUUAACUGUUAAAGUUUACUCAGCAAGCAAUCCCAAC